GGGGAGGUCAUUAUAAUUUGCCCUAAAUAAAACCAUUUAAGCACUAAUCACAUGGUUAGGGAGAUCAAUGGUGAAAAAGUUUACUCUACAUCCUUUUGUAUCGUUUGUAUGUAGAUAUAUAUACUAGUAUUAUAUCGAGUACAGCUGUACUUUUACUGUUAAAAACAGAAAGCUUUGACUGAGGAUACGUUCGUCUUUAUGUAAAAACAGAAGGGCAAUAUUGUCGACAUGAAAGAACUGGAAUGUGUGGGGUUUAUCAGUGUUCUUAUUUUACAUUACAGUAUACACACCUGGUAUAUCUUUCCUCUCUCUAUAUUGUAGGAGUAGCAAGCAUUUCGAUUUUUGAUAUCUCUCAAACUCUAUCUCUUUCUCAACCAGUUGAGUUGAAGCUUAUCUCUCUAGAUUUGUUACUUUUAGAGAGAGAACUUCUCUCUCUACUUAUAUAUCUUUAAUCUCACCGUUAUUGGUUCCUUAUUGCUAUAUUUUUGGCUUAUGAGGUUUGCAUUUGAAGGUCUUCCUCUCCGUUGAUUCCGUUAGAUUCAAUUUAGUCAUAUUUUUGAAAAUGCAGGCUAAUCCAAUUGAAUCUGUUAGGGUUUUGGACUCUGGUAUCUUCUGUGUUCCAAGCUGUGUGAUGUUGAUGAUGAUGAUAUAUAACAUUCGAAGAUUUUAGUUGUUCUAGCAAGUUGUGGUGUUCUCGUUGCGUGAUUUGGUUUCGCUUAUCUGAAGUAUGCUCGCCGCUGUGAUGAUUUCGGCGAUGCACUCAAAACUCAUUUCGGCAUUGUUGAACAUCGAGGCUCUCUUUUAGGGUUACAAAUAGAUCAGUAUAUGUUGGCAUCUUUGGAGUUCAAUUGGGUGGCAUUGUGCUGAUUUUCAACACUCAAUAGCAUCGAUGGGGCUUCUCCAAAGAAGUCUCCCGAUGCUUCUCCUUUUGGUAUGGUUCUUCUGGUUGCCAAAACUCAAAGCUCAAUCCCCUGGCUCUUCAUCAAGGGCCUUAGAUGCACUACUCCAAGAUUAUGCUUAUCGUACAUUUGUUAAUCCGAGGACUGGCACUGUGUAUGAUGGGGUUGUACCAUCAAAUUUAGCCGGGAUUAAGGUUUCAGCAUUGAGGCUCAGGAGUGGUAGCUUAAGGACCAGAGGUGUUCCGAUGUACAAAGAAUUUAUGAUACCUGUAGGUCUUAUUGUGCAGCCAUAUGUGGAAAGGCUUGUUAUGGUCUACCAUAACUUGGGCAAUUGGUCUAAGGUGUAUUACCCCUUACCUGGUUACAUGUAUUUAGCUCCUGUAUUGGGACUCCUUGCUUACGAUGCUUCAAACUUAUCAGCCAAAAAUUUAACCGAAUUGGAUAUCAUGGCAUCUCGUCAACCCAUAUCAAUUGAGUUUCCGGAUGUGAAAUUUGUGCCGCCUGGGUCUGUUGUGAAGUGUGUUUGGUUCGACUUACAUGGUUUGGUCAAUUUCAGCAACUUAGUAUCUGACAAUGUAUGUUCAACAUUCCAACAGGGGCAUUUCUCUAUCGUUGUAGAGUCCACUGCUGCCCCUUCUCCGGCACCAGUUCCUUCUGAACCACCUGAGCAAGCUCCAGAUGAGGAGGUUCCAACAAUUAGUGGUGGAGAAAAGAAGAGCAAUACUAAGGUCUGGAUAAUUGUCGGGUCUGUGCUCGGUGGUUUAGCAUUGUUGGUUUUGUUGGGAUUUCUGGCAUUGUGGGUGCUGAGGUAUAAGCACAGAAAGAAAAUGCAGCAGAUGGAAAAGGCUACAGAGGUCGGGGAAUCACUGUACAUGACCCCAGUAGGAAACACAAAAGCACCAGCUGCAAUGGUGAUGCGGACACAACCAACUCUUGAGAACGAAUACGUGCCAUAACUUCUGUUUGUACAAGCUGAUCUUUAGCUCCUUCAUAUUCAUGUUCAAUUCUUGCGUUUAGAUAUUCUUCUGAUCACACCUGCUUUUGCUGGUGUCUUCUUUCUUGCUUUAUUGGUCUCAAUAGGCUGCUGGUUUUAGUGGUGAGUAAUAUAGGGUUAUUGUGUAAAUAAUAAUCUCUUACCACUCACAAACACCCACUCACAGUUUCUUGAUUCAUUGUGGUGUGCAUGUAGUCCGUAGCCCAGAGUGAUUUGUGAUGAAUUCUACUGCCCAUUGACAAGGAAUAAAAUUUUUAAUGGCAUCUUCUUUUUUGUGUUCUCAA